AUCGGUAGCCCCCUCGAUGGUUUGACACCUCUAUUUUAUCGAGAAAUUGUUUACUAAAGACAUCUAAAGACAUUUAAUGGAAAUUUACUAAAAUAAAUUGAACGCCCCAAAAAUCCAAACAUUUUUGAAGCACUAAAAGGAAUUAUAUUCUUUUACAAACACACACACACAAUCCGCGGAAAGAUACGAGGAUAUUGCAAUGGGCGGCUCGGCAGUGCAGGUUAUCAAUGCAUCCGAGGAGCACACAUUUGUGCUCAACGAGGAUGCACUCAGCGAGGUGCUGAUGCGGGAGGAGGUCAAGGAUCGCUUCGUGUGCGUGGUGUCCGUUGCAGGCGCCUUCCGCAAGGGCAAGAGCUUUCUGCUGGACUUCUUUCUGCGAUACAUGUACUCAAAGUAUGUACGCCACGAUGUGACAGACUGGCUGGGCGAUGAGGCGGCGCCUCUGUCGGGCUUCUCAUGGCGCGGAGGCUCCGAGCGCGACACCACUGGCAUCCUGAUGUGGUCCGACAUAUUCCUGCACGACUAUCCCAAUGGCGAUAAGAUCGCCAUUAUUCUGCUGGACACGCAGGGAGCCUUCGACAGCCAGAGCACAGUGCGGGACUGCGCCACGGUGUUUGCGCUGAGCACGAUGCUGUCCUCGGUGCAAAUAUACAAUCUCUCACAGAACAUACAGGAGGACGACCUGCAGCACCUGCAGCUGUUCACCGAGUACGGCCGCCUGGCGCUGGCCGACACCGGCAAGAAGCCAUUCCAGCGCCUGCAGUUUCUGGUCCGCGACUGGAGCUUCCCCUACGAGGCGGAGUACGGUGCAAUGGGAGGAGAUAAGAUACUCAAGCGCCGGCUGGAGGUGUCCGAUAAGCAGCAUCCGGAGCUACAGUCGCUGCGGCGCCACAUCUCGUCGUGCUUCACCGAGGUGGCCUGUUUCCUGAUGCCACAUCCGGGCCUGAAUGUGGCCACCAAUCCCAAGUUCGACGGCCGGCUCACUGACAUCACGCCCGACUUCAAGAACAGUCUGCGCACCCUGGUACCCAUGCUGCUGGCGCCAGACAAUCUGGUCUACAAGGAGAUCAGCGGUCAGCGGGUGCGUGCCCGCGAUCUCAUCCAGUACUUCCAGUCGUACAUGAACAUCUACAAAGGCAACGAGCUGCCGGAGCCCAAGAGCAUGCUGGUUGCCACGGCCGAGGCCAAUCAUCUGACUGCAGUGGCCGCCGCCAAGGAGCUGUACCAGCAGCUCAUGGAGGAGGUAUGCGGCGGCACGCGUCCGUACUUAAGCACUGCCCACCUGGAGACGGAGCAUAUUCGGGUCAAGGACAAGGCCCUGUUCCAGUUUGCCUCCAAACGCAAAAUGGGCGGCGAGGAGUUUACCGAGAAGUUCCGGCUGCAGCUGGAGGAGGAUCUAGAGGAGGUUUUUGUCAACUACAAAGCGCACAACGAGAGCAAGAACAUCUUCAAGGCGGCCCGCACACCGGCCGUGUACUUUGCCUGUGCCGUCAUCAUGUACAUCCUCAGUGGCAUCUUUGGCCUGGUCGGUCUCUACACAUUUGCCAAUUUCUGCAAUCUGGUGAUGGGCGUGGCCCUGCUGACUCUUGCCCUCUGGGCGUACAUCAGAUACAGCGGAGAGCUGAGCGAUUUCGGGGGAAAACUAGAUGAGUUUGCCACGCUCAUGUGGGAGAAGUUCAUGCGACCCAUCUAUCAUGGAUGCAUGGAGAAGGGCAUCCAUCAUGUGGCCACGCAUGCCACCGAAAUGGCUGUGGGAGGAGGCGGUGCUGCCGGCUAUCGCUCCCAAUCAUCGGUGAAUGCCUCAAAUGGCAAGGUGAAGCGUUCAUGAGAAUACGCCCAAGCAUCGCAGCACAAAGCGCAGCAUCAGGCGACCAGCAGUAACAACAGCAACAGCAACAACAACUAUAAUAAUAAUAACAACAACAAUGUGGCAUACAAAUUAAGAAAAAAUAGCAACAAAGGUGGAGCUGAUUUCAUCGAGAGCAUUUGGCGCAGAUUUGGCGGCAGCGGCACCAGCAGCUCCACGAACUCAAACACCCCGUCUCCACCAACGGCCAUGGCCCCGCCGCCAACGGUCGCCUCUAGCAGCAACAACAACAGUCGCAAGAAACGCAAGCCGAAGCGCAACUAAAUGAGUCUGUCGAUUGGUAUUGGUGCGGCAACCCCUUACCGGAAUCCAUCCUCUUUGAAAGGAGGGAAUCCGAAUCCGAAUCCACUCCCUGAGUUGUAUAAACCGAUACUUUAUAUAGGAUGAAAGAAAGGAACCUGUUUUUAUAUUGCAUUAAUUGAAGUGUAGUUGGUCUAUAUAUUACUUAUAGUUAAGAAUACAUAAGUGCAUCAUUAGUAAGUGGCUCGUAUCUGUUGAGAGAAGUGAAAUUUUAAAUUGUUUUUUUAUAUAUACUCGUACCAUACACGAUAUGCGUCUGUACACGAACGGAUAUAUGAAAUCUAACGCUGUAAUAUACAAAAAUCGCUAACGAAUUUAAUUCUGUUUAAUAUUUUUCUAAUCUUGAUCUUGCCUCCUCACCUCACCGCACCGAACCACCUGAUCCACCUCUUCACCAUCCUUUUGUCAUUCGUUUGAUAGAGAAUUCCAUAAGCAAUCUAAUAUUGUAUUGUAUGUAUAAAACAAAAGUGCACUUUGUUGUUGGCUGGUUUGCUAAGCGCCUCAUUUUGCCACCCGUUUUGUUAUUAAUCUUAGUCUCUCCUCUUUAAUAAAGAAGAAAACAAAUAAUUAAUUAAACCAUUGCCACCCAUUGAAAAUUAAACACAAAGGCAAUGCAAUGCUGGUUUAGGUCUCUAGUUUAUGUUGUGCAGUAAAAUUAAAAUAAUUAACUCUUGGUUUUGUUUCGAUUAAACAAUAAACGUGUAUGUACUAUAUGAUAACUGAUUAGCUCAGUAGCAGUUAUGGCCAUCGACAAAAUAAACGAAAACAAAA